UUAGAUGAGAAAGCUGGAGCUUUCCCAUCGUUCGCGAUGUAAAUGCAUGACUCUAUUGGGAACGCGCGUCCGCUCGAAGUUCUCUGCACGCGAUUGUGGGAGAAAAAUUAGAAAUUGAAUGGCCUAAUGUAAUUUGCAAAUUCCAAUUAGUGGAUCUACGUUUGAAGACUUUACGCUAUUGAGCUAUGGAUAUUACCGGGAUCAUUUUAAAUUUAUUUCGAAGGAAGCGGUAGAAGGGAAGCUCCAGGAAAUUUGAAGAUGGAAAGGGUCGAGGUUGCGUUCACUGUUAUUUGCAUAUCGGCGUUUAUCUUACUAUUACUCGUCGCACUUUACCAUUGGUCAACUUUUUGGACUUGGUUGGCGACGUGGAUUUUAUCAACACGGGAGGAGAAGGUCGGCCUAACUAGAUCCAAAGUGUACAACGCCAACGGCUAUUUGGUUAACUCGGAUUCCGAUAUACACCUAGACGCUAUUGGAACGUUCAAAAGAUUUGACUCCGUUGAUCGAGACUUUAAGAUAACCUUAACGACUACGAGUUUGGGAGGCCAAUGGAAUAAGGUAGAAGAGGAUGAGACCAUUCCUCCGCAACCUUUAAGGCCUGCACCCACAUCGGUGCCCACGUCGCCUAAAACUACGAAGACGCCGCCUUUAAUUAUCGAAGAAAACGUACCCGCAAUAAGGAAUGAAGAGUCGGAACCCGUAUUAACGAUAGCAAUUCCACGGCCUAAAUCUUCAAUAAGCGUUGCGGAAUUAGCGGCUAAAUCCCAAUUUCCAGUGUGCAUCACGCCGCCUCCGAGUCCUGCACAUCCAUUAUCGGUAUCGAAAUAUUCAAUCGGAUAUCAUCAGCCGCAUUCGUCGCCUAAUAACGUUCAAUCGGACGAACAGGAAGUAAUAACAGCCACCCUAAAGAGGGCCAUUUCCUGCGAUAGCGUUUGUUCGGAUUCGUCUGUUGCUCUUGGCGAUCUCGAAGAACCAAAUGUAACGGGAUACCUAUGCCUUGGCCUAGAAUACGACAGUGAAUUAUCCGAUCUAAUAGUAAACGUAUUAGAGGCAAAAGACCUAAUUGGAUCAUCACAGGACGACAACCCCAUAGAUUCAUACGUGAAGAUUUAUCUCCUUCCGGACAAAGCUACGAGUGCGCAAACAAAAUUGUAUAGAUAUUCAAAUAGUCCCAGUUAUAAAGAGAGAUUUUCAUUUCCUUUACGCCCUCGAGAGCAAUCGCAGAAGUCGCUUUGUUUUCACGUCUACUCCCUAGACAAUACGUCGCAUACGCUACUUGGGGAAGGUGAAAUACGUCUAACUGACAUCAGCUUACGACAGCCAGUUACAACAUGGGUCACGUUGACGGAUACCGGACAGAAAGGAACGGAAUUUGGAGAGGUGAUGUUUUCGUUAAGUUACCUUCCAACAGCCGAACGUCUGACGGUGGUUGUGGUGAAAGCACGCAAUUUAAAAUUCCAAAACGAUAGGGAUGCGGGAGAUCCGUUUGUUAAGGUCUAUCUGCUGCAUCACGGGAAAAAAGUUCAUAAAAAGAAAACAUCAACAAAGAGAGGAGAGCGAUCGCCUAUUUUUAACGAGUCUAUGAUUUUCAGCGUUCCAGCUCACACAUUGCAGACCAUCCAGCUUAGAUUAACGGUAGCCGAAAAUAUCAAUAACGAACACCCUACCAGAACGUACUCGAUCGGUCACGUUAUAAUCGGCGCUCAGGCAUCCGGAAGAUCCUUAAACCAUUGGAACCAAAUGUUGACAGCUUUAAGGAAACCCGUAGCAAUGUGGCACCCACUUAGAAAAUAAGCCCAAUUGUACCUACAUCAUACGUGUUGUUAACCUUGUUACAAUCAUUCUAAAAAGGUCUAUACAUUUUGUUAUGCUUCCAUAAAUGUGAUAAACAGCCUUCUGUAGUUGAAACCUUCGGGUUCGAAUGUACCUUUAACAUAAGAAACCUAUCAAUUGUUAAUUGUUUCCUAAACUGUUACAAUCGCCCUAUCCAUUCACUAACCCUAAACGAACUCGUUCAUUUAAGCAGCGUAACUUAAGUGAACGGAUUUUGAAUUCUAUGACAAUAAUAAUUUGUUACUUGGAGUCAAUGUUAAUAUCAUGGCUUGUAUUACUGUGAUAUAUAUUAUGGGGCACAUGUAUUUCUGUACAUUUUUCUAACUCAUAUCCUAUACAUAAGUAUGUAUAAUAUUGUUGAAUCUUGUAGGACUUUAUUGUCAUUAAAUUUUUGUAUCUCUAAUUAGAACAAUCUUGGUAAAGCAAUUUA